UAUCAACAGAUAGUGUCCACACGAUUUUUGUUUCAUCGUCGCCAAAUAUUUGUGUGUUUACUGUUUAAGUGAGCAGUGUUGAAAUAGAGGAAUAGAUUUUAUUGAAACGUGUUAGAUUUUUUGAAGAAGUUCGGCUUUCGAGACUAAUAUUCAUACGGAAUUGUAAUCAAAAUAAACAAUGCAAAGUCAACCACCACCACCAUACCCAGGUCAGGAGCCAACACCGAUCCAGGUGAAUGUGAUUCACGUACAGCCAGUGGCAGGCCAUUAUGUGACUGCAAGUGGAGACACGGUGCUGAUUGGUCAGCCUGUCGGAACUGAGCCAGCAUUGGUUGUCUGCCAAUCCUGCAGGCACCAGGUCAUCACAACGAUGGAAAUGCGACCAACUGCUCGAACACAUUUAUGGGCCUUCUGUCUUUUUAUUAUCGGGUGCUGGCCUUGCAUGUGCAUACCUUAUUGUACUCCAAGCUGUAUGAACAUCGACCACUAUUGUCCUAACUGUAGAGGUUACAUCGGCAAGUACGAGUAUUGAAGAAAUACAUUUGACCUUAGGAUAUACAUGCUGUUCAACUAUUUUGGGAUCUGGAGUUUCUGACGAUUGUUUUGUGUUUCUUGUAUUGUUGGUUGUGCCUCUCUAACAUGUAAUUUUGUGGUUUAAAAUUAACUUUAAUAGUCGGGAAUAAUUUACUUAAGUUAUCGAAAGCAUUGGUUUGAUACUUUGCAUAUAGCAUAUAUUACUGUUUCGUCGUAUUGCAUAGUUCUCAGUUUAUAGUACUCGAUAAUAGCCUACCACCGUCUAAAUCUACCAAGUAAAAUCGUUCCUAAAAUAAAAGUCAAGAUUAUAUAAAAAUAUUACUUAUUUAAACGCUAAUAGAGACAAAUGAUUUGUAUGACAUGAAGUUUAUAAUUUUGUUAUUGUAUCCAGUCAAUGUGAGCAGUGAGAAGUGGUGGUAUAAGCUUAAGAAGAAUAGAAGCUUAAAAGCCUAUUUGUGACAAAUAUUAAUUACAUAUUUUUUUCCUAAUAACUAUUAGUCCACGAUCACAUAUGAUUUGUUUGCUCGAAGUCAAUGUUUUUUAGGAAAUAGAGUGAAAAUUGGAUAUUUUAGUUCGCAUUUUUUACAAUCUAUAAUUAAUCUGAGAUUACAAGUGAUAAUUUUAGUAUGAAUAGGUACUAGUACUAAAAAGUACCUUUUUAAUUGUGAUAAGGCAGAAAUGGACUUCAGGUGUUGUCUGAGCAGAUAAAAAUAAAAUGAACAAAAGAAUUAGUUGAUUACGUAUUGUA